AUGUCAAAAACAAUGAUGGAGGAAGUAAUGGCCACUUGGUCAGAGGGGUCAGAGGAUGAUGACCUUGUGAGAGAGCUUUUGGAUGAUGAGUCUCCCCUUCUUAUGCUGCCACAGGAGGCAAUUCAACCCCCCAUCGCAAAAGCCUCUUCAAGUGACCAUGCCUUUAAUAGGUUCAUCUCCAACAUUUACUCAGGACCUACUAUCUCAGAUAUUGAAAAUGCUUUGUCAGUGACCAACCAAAGAGACCACCUCCCAACACUCUCAUCAGCCAGAGUUUCCAUUCUAGAGAGGGGUUUGAGUAAGAUUGAGAAUAAGUAUACCCUGAAAAUCAAAUGCUUUGGCAAUGGGAUGGGAGAUGAUGGAUAUAAGUGGAGGAAGUAUGGACAGAAAUCCAUUAAGAAUAGCCCAAAUCCUAGGAGUUACUAUAGGUGCACAAACCCAAGGUGCAGUGCCAAGAAGCAGGUUGAGAGAUCCAUUGAGGACCCAGACACUCUUAUCAUAACCUAUGAAGGACUCCACUUGCACUUUGCUUACCCAUAUUUCUUCAUGGGCCAACCACAGCAGUCUCAUUCCCAUCCACCAAUCAAGAAGUCCAAGCCCACCUCUCCACAGGCCCAAUCCGAAGCCCACAGAGCUGAUCAUGUUCAGGAAGCCCAAUCAAAUGCUACUUCGGAUGUGAUGCCAUCCACUUCAUUGGAGUCUCCUCAAGACAUGGGCUCACAGGGGUUGCUUGAAGAUAUGGUGCCAUUCACGGUUCGGAACCCCAGAAACAAUGUGAAUAGUGGUCACACAAAAUUCUCUUGUUCUUCCUAUCGUUCUCCUCCAACGUCACCUCUGUGGAGUUCUAAUUUCUCCACCUCCUGCUUAAAUUCCAGCACCUAA